AUGGCGCCAACAGGGCCUAGAUCAUCGACGACACAACGGAGACCCAGUCCCCCACCCGCCCCCGAAGAGCCGCCACCGCCCCGGGGACCCAACCCAGGCAAUUUGAGUGUCUCGAACCAAUACAAGUUCGAGCAGGACAUACGACGGUUGCAGAAGGAGUACGGGUGUGACCCAGCCAGGGAAGACAGCUACAGGAUACAAGGUGUUCAGCUGAUCGAGUCCGUUCGCCAGGCUCUGCGUCUGCCUGUUAAGACGUUCACCACCGCGUGCACAUACUACCAUCUCUUCCGACUCUGCCAUCGAGAUGCCGAGUACAAUUACCAGGAUGCGUCCCUGGCCUCAUUAUUUAUGGCAUGCAAGGUGGAGGACACUAUCAAGAAGUCCCGCGAGAUAUUGUGCGCUGCAUACAACAUUAAGAAUCCAACGCAACCGACAACGCAGGAUGACAAGAUGUUUGAGAAUCCGCACAAAAUCAUCAUCGGACUGGAGCGUCACAUCCUCGAAACAAUUGGAUUUGAUUUUCGGGUGCGAUAUCCUCAAAAAGUUUUGGUCAAGAUGGUCCGUCACUUGUAUGACGCAGACGAGGCUCGGGACGUCAUCGCCAUGGCCUACGACAUGUCGACCGACAUGUACAAGACAUUUGCGCCAAUCAAGGCUUCCACGUUUACAAUGGUUCUGGCGUGUAUCGAGUUGACGGUGCUACUUCAAGGCCGUGAUCCUGCCCAGGUACGGUCCUUAGACCUGAGGAGAUAUCACACCACUCGAGCUAGUAUCGUCGAAGUCAUGCUGGACCUCCUGGAUAUGUACACACAAUUCGCCAAGCACACCAAAGUCGGCAUGAGAUUUGAGCUGUCGAAAUUCAUCGAUAUCAAGAUCAAGCUGAAUCAAGAAGUCGAAAACAGUGAGGGCUCUGUGCGCCGGUCCGCAGUCUGGUGUGACAGGUGCGAGGAUGACGAGAAGGUUAAGUACCCCAUCACGCCCGGAUCCGCCACUUCCCCUGCCACUACUGGAUCAUGGCCUGGGAAUAAGCGAUCCAGACCAGGCCAGGAACCGCAAGCGAUGCGCUUUGUCUACGAUGCGGAGGAAGCGAGGAAGGAGAGGGAGACGAAUGACGAGCAUCUCAAAGAUGAAUAUGAGGAAUAUGAAAUCGAAGUGGAAGAGAAGAUUCCGGAACCUGAGCCUCGCAGCAACCAUGGGCGGGAUCGGGGCCGACAUCAAGGCCACCGCAACAACCAUCAUGACAAUUGGGGUCCAUACCCUCGAAGCCGGCAUGACCGGCACAAGGGCGGUCGCAAGGGGGGCUACUACUGA